GUGACGGUGUGCAUUGUUUUCCCAGUAGAUUCGUACCGGUAGGUCAAUCUGACUUCGUUCACUUGAAUUCUUGGCCAGUGUGCGGUACGUAUAGACAUGGCACAGCCUGCGUCGUUUGGAUUCACCCGGGAGAAAUUGGCAGAGUUGCUUUCCUGUCCCGUGUGCUUUGAGAAGUUCGAUGAUGGCAAAAGGGUGGCCAAGUUUCUGCCCUGCCUGCAUGGCUUCUGCGUGGACUGCCUCGGCCGGUUCGUGCAGGGUGCUCCGACGUUUAAAUGCCCGCUCUGUCGGCGGGACACUCCCGUUCCGGAUGGUGGCGUGCAGUCGCUGCCUGAUCACUUCAUCGUGACGAAACUCAAGGAGUUGGAUGAGGUGCUGAAUGUUGAUGCCAACCGCCCGCACCACGUGUUCCGCUGCCAGUGGUGUAAAAAUGAGAGUACAGCUGUUGGCUUCUGCCCCGAUGGAAACUGCUUGGCUUUUCUUUGUGCAAGUUGUAGGGAACACCACGAUAGAUUGAAGCUGUACGACGGUCAUGUUUUAUACUCGAUGGAGCGGCUGCAAGAGCAACCUGACAUCUUACUUUCGCGGCACAAGCUUCAAUGUGAACAGCACAAGCAUGCCUUGUCCGUAUUCUGUGACAGGGAGGGCUGCCAACGGGCAAUGUGCUUGGUGUGCGUGACGACAGCCCACCAAGGUCAUCGAGUCAUCGAUUUGGACCAGAAAUCCUCCGAGGUGAAGGAAGAAUUACAGAGUUUGGCCCAAGCGGCUGGAAGUAAGAAAGCUACGGCUGAGAAAAUCUCCGGGAGCAUUAGCACUGAAAUCCAUCAAACAAGCGUCAGGUUUGAUGAAGUGAUGUCUAGAGUUUCUACCGUGUUCGAAGGGUUGCAACACCUGCUCCAAACCCGACAAGAAGAAGUUAUUUCCGACUUGAGGAAACUGUGCACCGACAAAACAAACCAGCUGAAGCUUCAAAUCGAUCGAGCUGAGUCUAUGGUGUCACAGUUCGACUCAGCUUGCCAGUUCGCCAAGACAGCCUGCGAAAUAGGCAACGCAGUUGAUCUCCUCAAGACCAGAGGACAGAUCAUCACGCGGCUCCACGAACUCAUAGCUCUUGAUAUUGACAAGUCCCUGCCUUUCCAGCAGGCUGAUGAGGUCUUUCUCUCCUUCACAACAAAUCACGACUGUGUCUUAUCUGAGAUUGAAAGACUCAUACCGGACCUGGGACAGUUUAGCACAUCCCCAGACAGCGCAAAACUGACCCCAGAGCUCAGAGUCGAGUUUCCUGGUGGACUUGGGCCGUCGAUGAGAGUCGGGGCCGUACAAAAAAUUCACAUCUUCGAAGAUACUGUAUCAAGUUUGCCGGUGGAGACCCUAAGUGAGCGUUUGUUUGCGUACAUUCGGUCCCCAGAUGGCGGCACCACUGAGUGUAACGUGGGGAAACUCUGCGGCGACUUCUACGAGUUUGAGUUCCAGCCGCAGACAGCAGGAAAGCAUGAGCUCAGCAUCAGCAUAUCUGGUUUGCAAAUCACUGGUAGCCCGUUCAAGAUCAACGUGGUAGAUGCGCCCUCGGGAGCCUCCGGUAACCCUUUCCCGUCCACAACUGACGACACCCAAGUCAUGGUGAGUGACGUCACAUGGACGGACGCCUUCGUCAGAUGCGAGCACGCCGUCAUUUUCAAGCUUCGCAGUCCGCAGAAUUUUCCACUGCAACUUAGACAAAUCAGCGUACAGUGCACAAUGCCAGAUCUCACAGGGGAAGGUCAGACUGGAAAACGCCCCAGUGCGGUGAUGGUGACCACCAAGCCAAAAGAUGCGUUGCCAAGCAUUCUCCCUGUGCCAACGACAACAGAAGCUCAGAUCUCAGAGACUGCCGACAAGGGAGCCUUUCGAGUAGCCUACACUCCACUAGUUGCUGGCAAACUGGUGAUGAAAAUCCUCGUUGACAGUAAACCCAUCGUUAUGAGCCCCAUCCUCAUCAACGUCAGCCCUUUACAUCCUAACUCCACCGAGGUAGUCCCUUCGUGCCCUAGACGGCGAUGCCACGAAUUCGCAGCUACAGUAGAUGUACCGUACACAGUGAUUGUCUGGACACGGGAUUACCUGGGCCGACGCUUAAAAGUUGGUGGCUAUAAAAUCACUGCCGAAGUUAGAGCUUCAUGUUCGUCCGAAGCAGAUCCACCCUGUAACAUCCGAGACAACUCUGAUGGCAGCUACAGUAUCACCUUCACCCCUCGUACUCCUAAACCUCACAACGUCAGCAUCAACAUAUGUGGGUUCCCGAUAAAGUCAGGUAAUCCCGUCGUGGUUCCUGUUCAAGACGGUUUGACAUUGCAGGAGCCUCCAGGAGGAUACAAGUCUCCUUCUUCGUUGGCUGCGGACAAGGACAGGCAGAUAGUUUACGUGGCAGACGGAAAGAAUGGCUGCAUACACCAACUACCGAUCCCAGACGGCUGUUGCAUGUCCGGCAAGUUACCCAUCAAAGUCAGUCUACGCCGGACGUUGCAGAUAGCUGUCAGCACAUCUGGAAAACUCGUUUUGCUGGUUCCCAACUCAAGCUGUGUAAUCAUCUGCAACAGGAAAGGAGAAGAGUGGCAUAGGUGGACGUGCUCUGAAAAGAAUAGCGAACCGACCAGUAUCACUGCUCUUGACAAGGAUUGCGUUGUCAUCGGCGACACCAAGUUGCAAGCCUUGUUUGUCUACGGGGUGAUGGGCGAGAGCCUCGUUACGAUUAAGCUACCCGACGGCUCGCUGGGGGUUGGAAUACAAAAUGUCUGCUCCGACGGUAACCACAACAUCCUUGUGGCCACUCACAGCAAACCGUACAGGAUCCUGCGGUACACCACGACGGGAAGCCUCGUCUCUGAGAUAGACUCGCCCGCCGGGACUACACAGCUGGCCGUGGCGGCUAUGCCUGAGGGCGUUCUCGUCGUGUCCGCCCUCGGCCUAGUCCUGGUUCUGGAGCUCACUCCCGAUCGUGAGGGCGCUGUGGUCGUUCGCAAAUUCCUUACGGACUACAUCUACACAGGGUUGGCUCAUGCAGGGAAAGGGUGCUUCGUUGCGCUUGACCCGGGAGAAAGACACGUGGCAAAAUACAAACAUAUCUCUCCCACCGCAAUUGCAAAUAGGCAGGAGAACGGAAGAAAUGUCGUGGAGUAAAAAAAAAUCCAAAAUGAUAUAGACUGGCGAUCUGAAAGUGUAAAUAAAUGCAGCGAGAACAGUUAAAACAAAGUUGUGUCACCAGGAUACUCGAAAUUCCAGUUUUAUUUCUACUCAAAACCAAUACUUUUCUUUUUUCCCCUGGGAUAGGCUCCUGAGUGUACGGGUAGAGUAGUUUUUAGCAUGCUGGAUAAACUUUUUUGGUUGGCUUGAAUUUGUUUUUGGUC